AUGUCGGACGGCCCUCCACCGGCUCUGAUCUUGAUCUGUGGCCCUUCGGGUUCUGGCAAGUCAACUUUGGCCCAACAGCUAGCCGAGCAGCUGCAGGCCGUCGUGGUUCACCAGGACCACUACUUCUUGAAAACUUUCGUGCGCUACAGGGACCGCGUUGAUGACACGUUUGAGGGCCCGGAGAACGUGGACUGGCCACGGCUGCGGGAAGACGUGAUGUGGCACCUCCAACAGACGCCUGUGGUUGCUGAGGGCCAUCUUCUAGCUGUGGAUCAGGAGCUGAUUUCGGCAGCAAAGCUUUGCGUGAUUCUGCACUGCACGGCAGAGGUUUGCCGUAGCAGGCGGCUGAACCGUCGGCAGCGCCCGGAGGAGGAACUCGAGGAGCUCGCAGACUACAUUGACAAGUUCGUGUGGCCAUCCUUCCUCCAGUAUGGACAGCCUGCUUUGACGUCGCUUGAGAAGUUUUGUUCCGAAGCCGGCAAGCCCCUGCGGGUGCUGGAUGCCAGCCUGGAGCCGGCGAAGCUGGUGGAGGAGGCAAGCGACGGCCUCCGAGUGUCAUAG